GAUACAACGAUAAGGAAAUAUUUCCAUACUCGAGUAUUUCCACCACCAGAUCAGCCAUAGACUCAGCACAACUAUACUACCACGAGCUACUGUAGUGUAUAUCUCACACACCAUGGCUCCCAAACGAGACAGAGAAGAUGACGCCCAAGUCCCACACGUCAAGAAGGUCCGCGGCGGCUUCAAAGUUGGUCCAGACAACCUCCCCGAUGGCACAUGGCGCAGGAAAGUCAUCAAAAUAAAAAAAGACCUCAUCCACAACGCCAAAGUCAAGAAAUCCUACGCAAAAGUCAAAGCCCGCACCUCCCCCCCUCCCGUCCCCGCAGCCCCCGACGCAUCAACAAUCGUCAUCCAAGCCCCCGAGGAGCCAGUCGCCCCUACCCCCGCCGCUGAGGAACCAAAGCAAGAGCAGGACCAGGAACUCCACCCCUCCCGCCAGGCAAUGCUAGAUGCCCCCGACGCACCCCCCGCCGCGGCAUCCGUACCGCGCUUCUCGGGCCCCAAGAUAGACGGAAAGUCGCGCGGUGCGAAGAGGCCGGGGUAUUUUGAUAAGGCGAAGGCGGAAGCUGAUGCGAAGAAGAAGGAGGCGGAGGAGAGGAGGGCGGAGUUUGAGAGGAGGGAUAGGGAACGCAAAGGGAAGGUGGAGGAGAGGGAGAGGCAUAGACGGGCGAUGGCGAAGGCGAGGACGGGGGGGAGGAAUGGGCAGAGGAAGUUGGGGAGGGAGAGUGUGGUGCUUUUGGAUAAGGUUAGGAGGAUGGUUGGGUAG